UUCGCGCAUCCCAAUUCAGGCAACUAACACGCGAAUGGCUGACUGUGUUGUACGAGUGUCGGCUCAAUUGACGGCAAUAUCACAAGGGGCAUCACUGGCAACAAUAUUAUUUGAUAUUUUAUAGGCACGGCAGCUCUAGAAUCUAGAUUAAACGUGCAAUAGUAGCUUACAUUAAAUAAUGGUUUGUAUCGCAUGUGCACAACAUUCACCUUCGUGCACUAUCGCCUCCACACAGCUAGGGGUGGCAUUUUCCGAGAUUAGAUCCUCACACAGAGUCGCAGUAACCCCAAGAAUAAUAAUUAUUGUACCCUCAGCAGGUCGUUUACUUUGGUGUGUUUUUUUCUCACAAAAUGACCAAAUCUAAGGACAAGCGAGAGAAAGUCAGCGUUGCUAGCGAGAUUGAUCGUGUUGAGGAGCGACGGUUGCGAUGUCACGAUAGUAUCGAGAGGGCCGAGUUCAGACGGCGGCGCGAGGAGCUCUCGGAUCAAGACAGACAAUCGCUGGAGGAUGAAAUGACGAUAAUGAACGAUAGGAUGCAAAAGUAUGAUAAAGAGCUGGAGGUGUUGAGAGGAGAGAACAGGAGGAAUAUGAUGCUCUCUGUUGCUCUAUUGGCCGUCAGUGCUCUCUUCUACUAUGCCUUUAUCCACUACUGAUUAAGAAUUAGCUCAUUUUAGCACAUUUGACUGGGUUAUGUUACAUCUUCAUCAGGACCAAAUACUGCUUUGGCAGCUAAAAGCCUUAAUGCAGCCAUUUGUGUGAAUUAUACGGUAACAUUCUGGGGUCUCUCUUUUUUUCACUUAACCUUCUAUAUUUGCACCUGCAUGCAAGUGUUUACAUUUUUUUCAUGGGACAAAUAGUAAAGACAUGUCAUUAACCAGUCAUUUUUUUUAUUACCUUUUUAAUUUGGCAUGAACACAAGUCAUCUUAUUGUCAAACAAAUCAGUUUAAAAAGUAGGCUACCUGCCCAUGUUCAUCCACUCCAAAAGAAUUCCUGCAUCCAAACAGUGCACUGUACACUCGUGUCAUUUGAUGAAUGGAAAGCGAAAUCUGUUACAAAACACCAAAAAGUAUAAUGACAUUUGGCAGUUGUCAUUGGGUCUACACUCUUGUAGCCUGAAUUGAUGUGUCUUGCUGACAUGACCUUUUCUGUAGAAAGAGAAGUCGGGACACUUGAAACGGGGCUGAAAUAUGUAACAGUCCCGCAUGACAAGUGCAGCCACAUGGGGGAUAAAAAAACAGAAUACAGAGGUGGGGGUGUUCGUUUCAUGUGGGAUAAGCUUUUAUUUUCUUAUUUACCACUAUAGCAGUACACAUUUCAUUUUAAACAAAUAGGAUAAUGGGUAAAUUAGCAUUAUUUAUUAGAGACCCCCCCAAAGUUAUGACUUGUUUAAUUUAUGGGGACUCAUAUCUCUUUCAGGGUUUAUCCCCACUUGUAAUUCACACUGCUCAUAGGUACCUCUGCUCUGUCAAGCUUUGGUACUCAAAUUGCCUAAUUUGUUGAGCCACUACAAAUUGGAUGUUCGUUGUGAAGUCAUCCACAUCAUCAACUAACUCCUGGGCUGAGCUUUGCUUUCCCCUUCAUACAGACUGUGGUAUACUUUUACUACACUUCAAUGGUUACUGAUGCUCUUAAGGACCACUCAUGAAAGCAAAAUCAUGCACAAUGCUUAUGUAAAUCAUGAACUCUUCAAGCGUGACAUAGUAUACAAUUCUUCCUUUGACUUCAUUGCAAUUUGUGCUCCGUGGUGCUAUGAUGAGGGUAUGAAGACACUGUACUUCUCAAUGGGUUUGCAUAGUGCACCUUGGGAUUGUGUUCUCAGACUGUUGCCAAAAUGAUGCUUUAGUGCUCAUUGUGGUCAAUAACCACUACGCCUGUCUGUUAGUUAAAUCACCUGAGACUGAGACUUGACUGGGCUUUAUCUCUUGACAUAAUUUUGCAAGGGUCUGUAUUUACAAAGCAUCUUGAGUAUGAGCACUCCUUCUCAGAGAUGCUUUGUCAAUAUGGGCACAGGGCUACAUAUACUGUAUACCAUUAGAAUAAGGAAGGGGUGUAUAUGUGUUUUUGUCCACAUCUUAAUUAAUUCCAAGCCUUUGGUGCCAAAAUGAAUCUCCCCAUGGCCUUUUUUUGUUCAGGCAUUGCAUUUUUAGCAGUGCCUGUGCAUCUAAAUGGUUUACAUUGAGAAUGUUUGAUUACUCAUGCAUGCAUUAAGGCCUUCCUACAUGCAGACAGCUUCACAUCAUUUUGAUCCCUCACCCAAGGCAACAAGUUUAUAUAUAUUUACUGUAAAUUAAUUCAGAUAAUUACAUGCUUGGCAUGUAUGUACAUUGUUAUUUUGUAAUUAUGUCUGAACAUCCAAAAAACAAAAUAAAUGCAUCUCUAAAUCUG